AUGCAGAAGGAGCAUUAUAUCAAGCUGUUGCGCUGUAUCGAGGACUGUGUCGGUCGGAAGUUGACUCCUAAGGAAGUCGUGUGUGAUUUCGAGGCCGCUCUCAUCGGCGCAAUACGAGCAUACUUCCCCGACAUCCGUAUCAUCGGAUGUUUGUUUCAUUUUAAACAAGCGUGUCGCCGAAAGCUGAAGGAGUACCAGAUACCAAGAGACGAAGCCAAGCUAGCAAUGGCCCCAAAUGUCUUUGACAUUUUGACGGUGAUCGACCCAAGUAAAAUCGAAGUUCAAGGGAUUGCGUGGGUCAAGGCCAAGAUUAAAAAAGUUUGUGAGGCGAAGCAUGUGACCUACUCUCGCAGAAAGUGGCGUAAGUUUUGGGAUUACUUCCGACGGACUUGGCUAGAAAUGUUUCCGCCAACGUAUUGGAACGUGUUCGGCAUGCGUCGUGACAUUGUUAGUAGAACGAACAACCCUCUCGAGCGCUUCCACCGGCAUCUGAACGGGAAGAUCAAAGCUCCACACCCUGCCAUGAGCAGCUUCGUCGACACGCUAGAAGGUAUUUCUCGCGAAUAUGUGGCGCAGCGUGUUGCUAUCCAGUCCGGACUCGCCAGGCCACCUCAACGGAAACGUUUCCAGCUACCGCGUGCGCCGCAGUUGCCUGAGGUCGGCGACAUCGUGGAUUCGGAGGAAAGCGAAGACGAAGACGAGCAGCCUACCAUCGCCACGGAUGACCCUGCAUCCUGCUCAAGCGCGCCGGGUUCAGAGUACGACGUUGCUGAGAUGGAUCACGAUACGGUAGACUACAGUCCAGAUAACUCAUUUGACUACGACGGCGAUGCAUCAGCAAUUGUAUAA